AUGUCCUUCCACCAAACCUCCUGCGACAUCCACCUAACCCCCGAACAAGGCCAAAGGAGAACCUCCCUAGUCGCCAUAUGCAACAACGAUGAAGGAUCAGGUCUAACCAGCGACAUCUUCCUCGAUGACUUCCUCGGUAAUGAUAACGGGCAUUUUAUCUGGGGCGGAAAGAACGUUACCCGUACAUGCCGGAAUCUCGAGAUAACCAGAGAAGGACCGUCUCGACUGCCCGUUCUUCAUGGCGAUCUUCUGAAUAGUUCCGGGGAUUAUGUGUCGGAUCAUUGCUAUCUUGAUGAGCAUAUUUUUAAUAUCAAUGGGGAGCUUUUGUUUAAGCCGGAUGAGGGGACGGAAUGGUAG